CACGCAUCUGCACAACAGUCAAUGGUCUGCACUCGGUACAGACUCGACCACAAAAAACCCAGUGAAAAAAGUUUGCACCCGGCGAUAGUGAACGUGUGGCGUCCAGAACGGGAGUAAUUUUCCGUCACCUAAGGCUCCUAUUAUUGCGUGUUCUUCUCAUGACUGUGCUAGCCUACCUCGUGGGUGGUCAAUUAUCAAUACUUGUUUAAAUUGGGGAAAGAAAAUGCACUGUCAUUAUGACGAUUACAAAGUAAUCCCUUAAACUAGCUGUAAAUCCCCUACACCUACGUAAGACCUAUGUUUUGGCAGUCGCUUCUGAAAAACGGAGGUAGAUUACGUCCGUAACUGAACGUUAUAUAGAACAUCAAUGUAUGCAACUUUUAGAUUAAGAUGACGAUAAUAUAGUGAUUAUGUUUUGUUUUAUAAACUGGAAGCUAUCAGCAUUUUGGAGCUUCUACUGUGACCGUACUAAAAAUCUGAAAAGUAUUUUAGGUUAAUUUGCAAUAAACAAUUUUAUUUAUUCAGUUUAAAAGCGAAACAGAAUUUACCAGUCCUUUCAUUUUACUAUACGUUGAUGCUGAAAUUAUGGGAAUAUGCCUAUGCAAUUAUCAGAUAAAGCCCGUUGCAAUAAAUAGCCUACCGAUUCUGUACCUUAGAGUAGCCUAAAUAAUAUGUAGAGACAGCCACGCAAAUAGAAACCUUAUAACCUCUUGUAUAUCGAUGACAGAAACCUGAGAAGCAUACUCAGAGCUCCGGAGGCGCUAUUUAAGAAGUAAAACGUGGUUAAAUCUCUAUGGUAGCUAGAUGCCUCUGUAACUCUACGCAGGCGGUUACAAAUAUCAUAUAUUGUUAGAAUGUAAAAGUAAUAUGGGUGGUAUUAAAAAGUCUACGAAUACCAGAGAAGUUCUAAUAGCUGUGUUUGAAAAGCGAAUCCCUCUCCAAGACCUGACUGCUUAUUUGUGUAUGUGACGUCAUCGGUGGUAAGGGACCGUACGCUGCUCACUCUUGUGCUAAGCUUGGCUGAAACGGAACCCGGAGAAGACCGAAUUCUUUUAAAAUCAGAAAACAGGGACAAGCCAGCAUGCUGGUGCCAAUCUUCACUCUCAAGUUGAACCACAAAAUAAACCCACGUAUGGUGACUGUGGGCAAGUUUGACGGGGUGCAUCCGUGCCUCACAGCAGCCACACAAGCGGGGAAGGUGUUCAUCCACAAUCCGCACGGGCGUGGCCAGCGGAAGGCGGCACACCGGCUGAGCCAGAGCGCGCAGGACUCGGACAUCUCCCUGCUCAACAUCAACCAGGCCGUCAGCUGCCUUACGGCCGGAACGCUGGGGCCCGCCACCACCGGCGACUCGCUGCUCGUGGGCUCCCAGACCAACCUGCUGGCCUACGACGUGCACGACAACUCCGACAUCUUCUACAGGGAGGUUACAGAUGGGGCCAACGCCAUUGUGUUGGGUAAGCUGGGAGAUAUCCCUUCUCCCCUGGCCAUCAUCGGGGGAAACUGCGCCCUACAAGGGUUCGACUACGAGGGAAACGACCAGUUCUGGACGGUUACUGGGGACAACGUGCGAUCUUUGGUGCUCUGUGACUUCACUGGUGAUGGGAAAAAUGAGCUUCUCGUUGGAUCAGAAGACUUUGACAUCCGUGUCUUCAGAGAGGAUGAGCUUGUGUCAGAGAUGGCUGAGAAUGAGACUGUGACCUCUCUCUGCCACAUGCACGGCAGUAGAUUUGGGUACGCUUUGGCCAACGGCACAGUGGGAGUGUAUGAUCGCACUGCCCGCUACUGGCGGAUAAAGUCGAAGAACCACGCAAUGAGCAUCCACGCUUUUGACCUGAACGCUGACGGAGUUGUGGAGCUCAUCACCGGGUGGUCCAAUGGGAAGAUCGACGCCCGUAGCGACCGCACUGGUGAGGUCAUUUUCAAAGACAACUUCUCAGCGUCGGUGGCCGGGGUGGUGGAAGGAGACUACCGCAUGGACGGCCAGGUGCAGCUCAUCUGCGCGUCUGUGGAUGGAGAAGUACGGGGUUACCUCCCAGCCAGUAAGGAGAUGAAGGGGAACCUGAUGGACACCAGUGUGGAACAGGACCUGAUCCGGGAGCUAAGCCAGCGCAAGCAGAACCUUCUGCUGGAACUACGCAACUACGAGGAGAAUGCCAAGGCCACGUCUGGAUCUCUGUCCUCAGAGGGUGACACGCAGAUGGGCGUCAUCCCCGCCAACACCCAGCUGCAGACGGCCCUCUCAGUCAAAGCGGCCACGGAGAGCCAGAAGGCCCACAUCGAGCUCAACAUCUCCACCCCCAACGAGACCAUCAUCCGGGCGGUGCUGAUUUUCGCCGAGGGGAUCUUCGAGGGAGAGAGUCACGUGGUGCACCCCAGCGCCCAGAACCUGUCUGGCUGUGUGCGGGUUCCCAUAGUUCCCCCCAAGGACAUCCCCGUCGACCUGCACAUCAAAGCCUUCGUCGGUGGAAAGAGCAGCACACAGUUCCAUGUGUUUGAGAUCACGCGCCAGCUGCCCCGGUUCUCCAUGUAUGAGCUGAGCCCCAGCCCCGCAGCAGCCCCGCCCACAGGAAGGGUCACCUUCAACAUCAACGACCGACCGCAGAGAGUGGUCAUGUGGCUGAACCAGAACUUCCUGCUCCCUGAGGGAACGGACACCCCGGAUGUGUGCUUCACCUCCCUGCGCCAGGGGGGGCUACUGCGCAUCAGCAUGCAGUCUAACGGAGAGAUCACGUUAAAGACCGAUGACAUUGACCUUGCGGGGGACCUGAUCCAAUCUCUGGCCUCCUUCCUGGCCAUCGAUGACCUGCAGGCAGAGGCCGACUUCCCGGCCUAUUUUGAAGAGGUGCGGGCGACUCUGACCGAGGUGGACGAAUUUCACUCGGUCCAUCAGAAGCUGACGGCGGCCAUGGCCGACCACUCCAACCACAUCCGCAACAUGCUGGUGCAGGCGGAGGACGCGCGGCUGAUGGGCGACAUGAUGACCAUGAAGAAGCGCUACAUUGAGCUGUAUGACCUGAACAGGGACCUGAUAAACGAGUACAAGAUCCGCUCCAACAAUCACAACGCCCUCGUCACCUGCCUCAAGUCUGUCAACCAGGCCAUCCAAAGAGCAGGGCGGCUACGAGUGGGCAAGCCGAAGAACCAGGUGAUCACUGCGUGCCGAGAUGCCAUCAAAAGCAACAACGUCAACGCUCUCUUCAAAGUCAUGAGGGCAGGGACCGCGUUCUCCUGAGGAAGACCGCCCACUGAGAGGCCAAAAAUCCAGGGGGGUGGGGGGAGGGCAGGAGGGGAACCUCAGCAAUCCCACACACCCCUGGCCCCUGAGAUAAGAACAAAACCCAUGGUGGGGAGGAGGGGGGCACUAGGUCUGGAGUUUUUGCAAAGACAGUGAAACAUUCCAUAAGGCAGGAUAAGGGAUAUUUCUGUGGCAUUCCUCGUACAAAUAUGAACGAUUUCUCAAGGCACCAGCCUUUAAUGGACUGCCCCGCCUCUUCUCCCCCACCCCCAAAAGGGUCAUUGUGACUUAAGUGACACAUAGAAGUGUGACUGAGAGAAAAUAUCUGUCAAAAGAUGGCAAAUGUGUUUUUGUAGCCAAAGAAAAAUAUUUUCAAUGUUUACUUAAAAAUCCUUGAGGGUACUAGUUGUAUACCGUGCUUUGCUCUAGCUCUCGAAGAGGCAGUGGACUUCACACUGUGUCCUGUGUUUAUAUAUAUAAAUUUAAUGUUAAAUUAAAAUUAUACAGUGUAAA